AUGGACGAGAAGGGUGUGCCAGAUCUUGAGAGAAGACCAAAUCCCCCAGGGUGGGUUCAACCCAAGGCGCCAUACAACCCAUACGACCCUACCGAUGUUCGUCCAGCUGAAGGGUAUCCCUCUGAGUUCAAUGCGCCUAGUGCAAUGAAGAAGAAUACUGGUAAGAUUGCAAGAGAUUUGACGGAUUAUCAAAAGAUCAAAGUCGACAUGAAGAAACUACAGUAUUACCCCCGUCCACCAUCUGAACUUUAUCCCGGCAGAUACAAAGUGUUACGUCGGGUCAACCAUAAGAGCGGAUUCAACAGAGGUGCCGAUCUAACGGCCAAGGUGAGUAUCUAUGGGUUUCUUAUAUUUGGUGUUUUCUUCUAUAAGUGGAACGACCACGAAAAUGUGUUUGCACCAUUUCGAAGAUUACAGCUCCGAAUCAAGGAGCUAGUUAUGGGCGACCUUUCUGUUGACGAUUACAAUGACGUCUAUAAUUACGAUGGAAACAAGGCCAUCCCGCAGAGGCCGCUACCUUCCAUUAUGUAUGAGGCCAAUGUGGGGAAGGAUCUGGUUGGACGAGAAGAAACCAACAAGGAGCACAUUAAGGACAGGUUUGGUAACAAGCACAUGGUCUACGCUGAGCAUAUCAAGCAAAAGGAGGACGAGAACAUGAUCAAGGCAUUAGACGUUGCACAGCGGGAGUUAGAAUUGAGAAAAUUGAAUGGUAUUGAGAAAGAGAAUAGCAAGCCAUUCUGGAAGGUGUGGUGA